GGAAUCGGUCACCCUCGGAAUGUCAUAGGAUGGAUGAUAGAAAUCAGCGCCCAUGCUCCUUUUGUGAUGUUCGCGGUGCGAUCACCAGAUACUAUUCCGGACCUUCACUACACAUCAUCCGACUCUCACGAAGCUAGAGGGAAAAGCAGCUCACAAAGCUGCCGCCGAGUUUCUUCUCGCCCCGCAUGUCCUGGUGACGCUCCGAUUCUCGUAUAGCACAUCUGUUCUGGCAAAUUGCUGGCAAUGUCCCCUCUUUACACUGUCACUAUCGACGAUGCUGCAUCUGAAAGUGAGGCGCAUGGCAUCAGAUUCUAUGGCGAAUGGAAUACUUCUGCGCCUUCACCGGGUGCGCUAAAUAACACUAUUCAUCGGGCUCACGCGGGCGCGUAUGCCGUUGUGAGGUUCAUGGGUACAUCUGUCACUGUAUAUGGUACGGUGCCACCAUGGGACGCUGUGAACGGUCCAGCAUCCUCGAUGUACGUGAUCGAUGGAGGCCAUAAUACGGCUGGAAACAACUGGACAGGAGAAUGGGCCUUGUAUUGUGCCCCGAAUGUCUCCGAUGGUCACUCUUUGCAACGUCACAUAUUCUAUCAGUCCCCUCCGCUUGUAGAAGGUUCUCAUCAGCUCAACGUCAGCUACCAAUCCGGCGGCGACUUCUUACUGGAUUAUAUAACCUUCACCACUACCCGUCCUCCGCCGAACGCCAACCAUUCUCCUCGUGCCGCGGUUAUCGUGGGGGCAUUAUUGUCGGGAUUGGCAAUCGUGUCGCUUGCGGCGCUUGCACUCUGCUACUGGAGGCGAUACAGAGUUCGCAGAGUCCAGGAAGAUCCGUCAAUGAAGGAUGGUCUCCUGUAUUCCCCUCCCCCAAUCGUCCAGCAAGAGUUUCCCCCGAGCUAUAGGGCUCGAGACUUCACCAUCACUCCUUUCGCCAACGUGACACCUUACGUCCCUCCAACCACAGUAGUACGACGCGACAAGCCUGAAAGCUUGUCCAUCUUUCAGCGACCUAACGCCAGUUCAUCGUAUGAAUCGAGGGUUGUGUCAUCAUCCUCGGGACAUAGCUUCGAGUCUCAGCUUGAUCUCGACCUUUAUGUCCAACGUGCGUCAACGUCCGCUGAAAGCCUGGAAGUGAACCUUCCGCAGGAAUUCACCGUGGGAAGCGACGUCCCCAUGUCCCUUAGAGCAGGCAAUGGACCAAGUCAGAAGGCGGAACGUUCAUACCCGCAGACCAUCUCCCAUCGACCACCGCACCAGCACCAAGACGCUGGAAUCCGAAUAACACCGGUUUCGCGAGCUGGUACAGGUCUCACUUCUGCAACUGCGGGCUCGGUCCCCCCGGCCUAUGGGGAGUAUUAG